CCUGCCCUCCCGUCCACCUGCCCCGCUUCUCUGCCCACCACGCGCUGCGGCACUCAGGCCUGAAUCAGACACGACCACAGACGAUCCUGCAUGUUUUGGAGAUUUGGCUUCCAUAAUGCAACGGCAAUCGACAACCUCCUGGACAAGGAGGACGUCUCGUUAGAAGCGAUCCUCGAUGAUGACGAUCUGCUCCAGGAGUGCAAGGCCCAGAACACGAGGCUUAUCGACUAUUUCUCCCGCGUCGACGUCCUCCAACGCCUGCUGGGUUACGUGACCGGCCAGAUAGAGAGUGACGAGCGGGGCAGCUUCAAGUACCCCUACGUCGCAACCGAGGUCUUGUGCAGCGAAAUAUGGUCAAUAGUGGACACCUGCGUCGGCCACCGCGACCAGCUGCUCGUGCCGUUCUGGGAGACCGUGCUCGACAAGUCGCCCGAGGAGAUGAAGAGCCGGGUGGUGAUGGCGACCCAAUUUGCGAAGGUGAACGUCGCGUUCCUGAGCAAAAAGCCCGCAGAGAUGCUCGCAUUCAUCCAAGCGCAACCGGACAUCGCGGAGCGCAUCCUACAGCAUAUAGAGUCGCCCCCCUUCGCCGACCUCCUCGUCCGCAUCGUUCAGCUUGACGAGCACCCUGCCGGCGCUGGGGUUCUUGACUGGCUGUCAAAGGAGAACCUCAUGUCCCGCCUCAUCGACCUCCUGUCUCCCGCCCAAAGCAGCGACAUGCAUACAGUCGUUGCAGAACUCAUCAAGGGCAUCAUCGCGAUGGCGGCUCCCUCUCCUGCUGCGGGCAUCUCUGACGGUCUGAACCAUCUGCCCGCAUCAAAUAUCUUUGCGCGCGAGCUGGCGCACCGCGACAACGUGACGAAACUAGUCAGCUAUAUCCUGUGCGACUUUGGCCCUGGGAGCCCUGGGGAACCAACAAUGGUACAAGAGAGGACGUCCGACUCUGCUCUGCAGCCCUUGUCCCCCGAGUCUGCCGCAUCGUCGGUUGUGCAGUCGAUAUGCAUCAUUAUCGAGCUUAUACGACAGAACAACUCGGACUACUUCGAGCCGUACCUGUUCCACACACUGCGGAAUCGUCUUAUCCAGGUGCAACAGCAGUUGCAGAUGAACCCCGAGGGCGGUCGUGAAACCUUGGAGGCGGCCAUGAAGGAGAUGGUCAACCGCAUGGGCGUCGUGCAUCUCGGGCCGGUUCUGGACCUCAUGUGCGAGCAUCUGGCCAGACUCCAGCAUUUCCUGAAGCAGCCACGUUCGCUGGAUGGGCCCGUUCUGACUACCGUCGGUUCGCUACCACCUCUAACAUUCGAACGGUAUCGAAUAUGCGAGCUUUAUGCCGAGCUGCUUCAUUGCUCAAAUAUGUCGCUGCUAAAUCGCGCCCCCGAAUUCGACCAUCUGUACGACGCAGAGGGCAGGUUACAAGGCGGUCUGUCCGCAUUGGAAGAAUUGGCGCAAGUCAUCGCCAUAGGGAACGGGAGCGGGGACAAUGACGGGAUGGACGAUGACGAGACCGAUGAGGUCGAGUCCGCGCACGAGUUCCCCGUCUCGCAUGCGCCGUCCUCGAACCUCACCGAUUCAGAUGACGACAUGAGCGGCGACGAGCCGGGAAGCUCGGACGACGACGCUAUGGAGGAGAUCGCCAUGUACGACUCGCCUGUGCCAGAAACAAGUCCCGCGCCGUCCGAGCCACCAUCAUCCGUGGCGGACUCCCCUGCGGCGUCCCCGUCGGCGUCCGCCCCCUCGCCAUCCACCUCCCCCUCCGACAUCGCCGCGUUCCCCCAGCCACACCACCGACAGAACUCGUGGAGCUCCGACACCGAGGGACCGGUGUCAAGGCCCCGUUCGGCUAGCUCGCGCCGUAGUACGCGACGAUCCACACGGGACACACUGGCUGGGCGCCCAGUACUUGGCGAGCGACUCAAGCAGCGGUUCCUGGAAGCUAACGUCGUCUCGACAUUGCUUGAUCUGUUCUACGACUUCCCAUGGAACAACUUCCUGCAUAGCGUGGUCUAUGAUUUCAUCCACCAGAUUCUCACUGGGAGGGUAGACGGCGGCUACAAUAGGGAGCUUACUGUAGCCCUGUUCCGCGACGCGAGGCUCAUGCAUCGGAUUAUCGAGGGGUCAAUACGGAACGAUAUCGAGAGCUCGAAACCUAAAGGCGUCCGCCUCGGCUACAUGGGACACCUUACCCUCAUUUCUGAGGACGUCAUCAACGCGCUCGAGCACCUCCCACCGGAUCUGCGCCUCCAGAUCGCCCAGUACGCGCCACAGCCAGAGUGGGACGAGUAUGUCACCGGCCGCUACAAGGAGACCAAGAAGAAGGAUAUGAUCCUACUCGGCGGCGGCAAGCCUGUGAUCGCGCCGUCGAUGCGAAAUGCAGGCGCGGCACAAUGGAAGGUCGAUGAGGCGGACACCAUUGGUGCGUCUGGGUCCGGCCGUGACGAACAGCGGCCGCCCCCAACGGAGAUGAAAGGCGAAUUCCGUCGAAUGGGGCGCGCGACGCGCGAGGGCAGUGCGGACUUCGGCGCGAUGCCGAUGGACGAGGAGGAUGAGGAGUUCAGCUCCGCGCCACCGAGGUUUGCAAAUUAUCUGGUGCAGGAGAUGCAGUCCUCCGAUCACCUGGGUUCUUCAGACGAGGCGUCCGACGAGGAAGAUGAGGGCGGGUGGCUGGCGCAGUCGACUUUCGAGCUGCGUCCUCCUCCUGUAACUGCACGCGCACAUGACAAUGGACGGAGGCCGUUGAGUUCCACAGGGUUUGAGGAUUCCUUUGCACCUGCCGGCUCCUCACAUUUUACAUCACACCAGGACCCUUUUGAGGAUGACGCCUUCGGACCUUUCUCUGAUACGGCGGCAGCGAGUGGCUCAGAUCCGUUCAACUUCCCGUCCACCGCCACUGCAACCGCCGUCACGGAAGAGUUCAUGGAAGACAGCUCCUUCGAGUCGUUCGGAGAUUUCGGAGACUUCCAGAGCGCGGGCUCCGGGUCCUUCGAGGCCGAAGGGACGCUCACGCCUACCGGUGCGGAUAGCUGGAGCUUCACGAGCGCGUCGAGCACGGGCUCCUUCGACGACAACUUCGCGGACCGACGAGCGCCCGACGCGGGCACCGCAGGCCGCGAGCACGACGAACGGACUGCGUAGACACACAUACAACGCACAUGUACGCUUCGCCCACGACCAGUGUUGUAUAGCCAGUGUCAGUGCUGUGGUUUAGAUCGCUGUCUCCCGCACAAUGCCUGUCCCUAGUACCAGUAGUGUAUUGAUGUCCACCAAACACAUUUAGACGUUUACGUCUGCGUCUUACUCGGGCUUGUAGUGGUACCCGGCCUCGCGCUGGACGGCGUUGAAGUCGAGCGUGGCGAGCUGCUUCCCGGUGCUAUUCUUGAGCGUGCACUCGACCUUGUCUCCGGGGACGAUGGGACCAACGCCCGACGGCGUGCCGGUGAGGAUCAGGUCGCCCUCCUCUAGCGUCAUGAUGGUUGAGAUGUGGUGGAUGAGGCGGGGGAUCGGGAAGAUCAUGUCCUUGGUGUUCCCGUCCUGCUUGGUCGCGCCGUUCACCUUGAGCGUGAGCGCGAGGUUGGCGGAAUCGGCGACCUGCUCCUUGGGAAUGUAGGAGCUAAUGGGAGUGAAGGUGUCAAAGCCCUUCGCAACGGUCCAGGGCAGCCGCUUCGACUUGACCUCCUCCUGGAGGUUACGUGCGGUCAUGUCCACGGCAAGGGCAUAUCCAGCAACGUAGGACUCGGCCUCGCUCUCGGGAAUUUCACGGCCGCGCUUGCCGACGACGACGCCGAGCUCAACUUCGUAGUGAGCAACGACCCCCUUGGGGAUCUCCAUGUUUCCGCCCGACGGGAGGUAGCUCGUCGUGGGCUUCAGGAAAAUGAUGGGCUCCUUCGGGACCGCAUUGUUCAGCUCCUUCGCGUGCUCGCUGUAGUUGCGGCCAAUGGCCACGAUCUUCUUGCCUUGCUGGACAAAGGAUGCAGCGGCCAUACGCGCGGAUGACUGGCUGAAGUUCCUCUGGAGGAUUUGGGCGGAAGACAAGCCUGUUGCCCGUCGAGCUUGGCUACGUGCAGUUGCCACGAACAUAGUUCCCACCAAUUUAUGCUCUAAAGUACUGGACUGUUUGAGUUGGAGGUUUGAGAAGUCUUAGCUUGCCUACCAAAACUGUGCGUUUGCUCUAAUGACGACG